AUGCGAGUGCUCACAGUUCUCCUUCUUCUUUUAUUACCACCUCUAACCUUUCAAAUCCUCGAAAAUCCUGUUAUCUCGCCAGCUCAACUAUUUUGUCCUACUGUAGGAACAAAUGCAUAUGCACUGGUUACAGUAUGUUCAAAUACGACAAAAGUGGAAUUCGUACAAUUACUGCAAGCCUAUGCAAAGUUUAUGCCUAUGAAUUCGAGCCAACAAAUUAAAUACGAUUUUUAUUUUGGAUCAAAUUAUUCCACAAUCAUCACAACUACAGAUUUAACUCAAGAAGUUGAUGAUUGGGUGAACGACACCAAUUACAUGAAUUUGCUCUAUGCUAGCUCAAAAACAGAUUCUGAAACCCCUGAAUUGGUUGGAAUAGCAAAGUCAAUACUAGACAAUGUGGCCAAAGAUAAUCAACUCGAUUCUACAGUAUACCUCAAAAAGCAAGUUGUUCUUUUAACCAAUUAUGUUCCAUACAAUGUUACUGAUGUAUUCAACAAUAAUACCAAUGAGAACACUCAACGUCUGGGUCUUUCCCUAGAUCUCGACCUCAGUCCUCUUGACAAAGCAGCAGAAUUUCCGGUUUUCAGAAUAGAUGAUGAUCGAGAUGUGGCAAGCAUCAGAGCUAUAUUUCAGGAAACUAGAGAUUUUGAAUUCCCCGCAAUCGUUCACGAAGACAAACCUCAAUCUGAUAUCUAUGUAUUCAUGACAUCUGCCAACAUGUCCCAAUUAAUGAAUGUAAUUGAAACUGCAAUUAAUGGUCCGACCUGCCAAAUGGCUUUAACUAAAAUGUACUCUUCUUUCAUACACACUCAACUUGUCAAGACUCAUGUUCGUAUCGUAAUGAACGAAGAAUUGAAUGAUGUUUAUGAAGAUUUCACACUUCCAUUGGUCAAUCUUGGAUUUCUGGAUAAGACCAUUGACAAUCAAGUAAUCAAGAAUAAUAUGUUCUAUCUUCAAAACUAUUCCACAUCUUGUGCAGAUGAGAUUCCUAUGGUUCCUCUCGAAUCCGCCCGCCCAUGGCACCGCCCAAAAUACCUUUCCAUUGCUUUAGAUGAUAUGCUUACCAUAUUCAUUUGUGCAACGAUAUCAGUUAGCACAUUUGGCAUUCUUAUUUAUCGUUACGUCAGUCGAAAACACCGUCAACAAGUGGAGUUGCUGACUGAACUCAUGUUGCAGCCAAGAAUUUACAAAGCUCCCAAAGAGUGCCCAAAAGUUGCCCGAUUACCAUGGGAAAUAAAAUCGGAAAACGUCCACAUUGAUACGGAAUUCCUUCUUGGAGAAGGUACAAUAUCUAAUGUCUACCUAGGAAAACUAAAAGGCAAAUCUCCAAUAAUGCAAUGGAUCGACAGAGUAGAAAUGAAGCAAUAUCAGGAUUGUGCAGUGGCUGUUAGAGUCCCACGACAUUUCGAUGAACCCGAAGAGGAUCAACUCCAACGAGAAAUUGCCUCAAUGCGUCAAUUAAGACAUCAUGAUCACAUUGCACUUCUUCUGGGAUGGACCAAUAAAAACGAUUUAGUUUGCUCAUUGCUCGAGUUGACACAUAUGAACCUGAUAAAAUAUCUGUCUCAAAUAAAAGAAACAGCUGAGCAGAACAAUCCAUCCGGUUUCACACCAAUGAGUCGUAUUCCAUUCCAAGUUCUGUACAAAAUCAUAUUUGAAAUUUGUGAUGGAAUUGAAUAUAUUCAUUCGAGAAAUCUUUUACAUCGAGAUUUAACUGCGAGGAACGUUCUUCUGACCACAGGACUAAGAGCCAAAAUCUCUGGUUUUGGAUUUUGUUCUGAACCGGAUGACCCAAAAUUUGCUGCCAAUACAGUAGCCCUUCGAUUCCUCCCAGUCAGAUGGCUAGCUCCAGAAUGUUUCAUCGGCAAGUUUGGUAUCAAAAGUGACAGCUGGUCCUUUGGAGUGCUCUUAUAUGAGAUCUUUUCACUAGGCGAGCAACCUUAUGAGGAUUUGAAUCGUCCGGAAGAAAUAAUUGAAAGCAUUCGAAAAGGAAGAAUUCCAGCUCAUCCGAAAUAUUGCUCCAAGCAGACAUACAAAAUAAUGCAAAGUUGCUAUCAAUCGUUUGUCUCUCGAAGACCGAAUUUCACUCAACUGAAGAAUGCAUUCCACGUUCAAUCUACUAACUAUUAUAACAAUCCAGCUUUUGAGCCAGAUUAUUAG